AUGAGGAAGCCUGACUCCCCAAUCCUUCUCUUCCUCCUCCUCCUCGCCUUCCUACUGGCUUCCAUCUUUGCUGUUGAUGCCCACGACGUCGUCUGCAAGUGCCAGAGAGUUCGCGGCCACCAUCGAACCUCCCACUCCGGCCAAAACAGCAAGCAAAAGGGCGGUCAGUCGGACGGCAGAACCAGCAGCGACAAUUCCGCUGUCGACUCCCACAACAGUGCUGGAACUGGGAACCAAUCCUCCUCUUCUUCCUCAUCCUCACAGUCAUCGUCGUCCUCAUCAUCCUCAUCCAUUACUGGAGCUGGCAACCAAACCUCCUCCUUGCCAUCGCCACCGUCAUCGUGGUCGUCCUCAUCAAAUGUCAGCACGUCCUACAACAGUAGCACAUAUGGAAACCAGACCUCCUCGUCAUCCUCAUCGUCGUCGUCCUCCUCCUCCCCCUCCUCCUCCAUUGUCGACGGUAGCAGCAAUGCGGACCAGCGCUCUUUUGGCGUGAGCUUGGGACAUGCCGGCGGCAGUCUCCCCUCCCCCUCCGCCAUCGUCCACCUGCUUAAGUCGCAUGGCAUCUCCAAGGUUCGCCUUUUCGUACCCAUCCCCGGUGUCCUCUCGGCUCUGAAGGGCACCGGGAUUCAGAUCAUGGUCGGCGUGCCCAACGAGAAAAUCAUGCAUCUCUCCAUGGGUGGUGUUGACGCCGCCCUCGACUGGUUGAAGGCGAACAUUCUCAAAUUCGUGGACCCCAAGCAGGUGUGCUACCUUGCCGUCGGCAACGAGGUACUCCAAGCGCACCCUUUAAUCAUCCGGCACCUCGUGCCAGCCAUGUACAAUCUUCACAAGGCGUUGCAGACGUCGGGACUCGAUGCCGCCAUCAAGCUAUCUUCGCCGUGUGCCUCACACAUUCUGGGCGUUCUGAUGCCUCCGUCGGCCGGAGCGUUCGCUCCAUUCUGCCUCCCCGUGAUCCGGCCGAUGCUGAAGUUCCUAUCAGAGACCGGGGCGCCCUUCAUGGUGAACAUGUACCCGUUCCUCCGCUUCAUCCAUGAUCCCACGAGCAUAGCCUUGAACUUCUGCCUCUUCAGAGGGAACGCGCAGCCGAUGCUGGACGGUGGCCGGCACUAUACAAACAUGUUGGAGGUAAUGAUCGAUGCCCUGGUGACGGCGAUGGAGAGGGAGGGGUUCGGGGGGAUCCGGGUGAUGGUGUCGGGGACAGGAUGGCCGACGGCAGGGGACAACGCCGCCACCCCUGCGAACGCAGCAGCUUACGUUGAGGGGCUUAUGCAGCGGGCGUCCAAUGGAAUGACAACGCCGAAGAGGCCGAAUCAACCCGUGGAGGUGUUCUUAUCUGAUAUGUUCAAGGAGCACGUACAAGGCGUAAAAGCGUUCCAUAGGUUUUUCGGCAUCUUCAACAUUGAUGGCAGCCCGGCUGUCAACAUCAGCUCCUUCACGUAG